AUGAUCUUCGCCGCCCGUCAGAUGCAAGAGAAGUGCAAGAAAGCGCAGACCCACCUCUACACUGCGUUUUUGAGCCCACCGAAAUCCUUCAACAUGGUGGAGCGCAGUGAAAUGUGGGAAAUCAUGCGGAAAUCCGGCUGUUAUAAGCGAUUCCCGCACAUGGUACGUCAGCUCCACGAGGGGAUGACGGCGAGAGUCAUGAACAGAGGGGACUGUCUCUGAAGCAUUUGCAGUAACCAAAUAGCGUGAGGAAGGGCUGCGUUUAAGCCUCACGUUUUCCUCCAUGCUAAUGGACGCCUGCUGUCAUGAUCACCCCGGCAUCCGCAUCACCUACAAAAGUGACGGACAUCUUCCUAAUAGCUGGUGCAUGCAGGUUCUGACACGUCUCUCUACGAUCUGCUUUUUGAUCGCUUAACAUCACCACAAAUACCGACAUACAAUGAAGCAUUAACGUUUUCACUUCCGACUGAGCUAACUCCGGACUGACCAUCAAAACAGAAAAAAACUGUGAUCAUGCACCAACCGCCUCCUAACGUUGCAUACAGUGUUUAUCGCAUCCACGUCAACGGCACCCAACUGAGGACAGUGGAAAACUUCACUUUUUUUAGUCAGCACACUCACGCAACAUCAAACUCGACGAUGAAGUGGCCCACUAGAUUUCCAAAGUCAGCUGAGCCUUUGGCUGGUUGCAUAAGUCCGUUUGGAAUUGUCAUGGCCUUCAUCUUGAGGACUUUGUUGUAUGGCGCAGAGACCUGGACAGUCUACAAGAAACUCAACCAUUCCCACCCCCGAUUUUCUUUGACGAGAUGGAAGAACAGGGUCCCGGACCCAGAAGUUUCGGAACAAACUGGGAUCCUCUGCAUUCACGUCAUGCUUAGGCAACUGUAACUACGAUAGAGCGGCCACCUCGUGAGUGUGGAUGAUGUCGCCAUGGGUACUAGCAGCCAAGGAGGUCAAACCCGCCGCUACGAGGACGCUUGGAAGAAUUCCUUGAGGCGACCACAUAUCAAUCCGAAGACUUUGAGACGAUACAGCACAGGACCGACCGGCCUGGACAAGGACGCUCAAGGCAUUUAGCAAUUAAGUUUAUUUAUUUUCAUUCGUCCGAGGACUUCUCUGCUGGUCUUUUGAGUCUCUGAAAUAUUUAAGUGUGACCAAAACGUUUUCUUUGUUGAUUCCUGACCUUAGAAUCCCGUUGCACGACUAUCCGCCUGCCUUUAGCGUAAUAAACAUGAAGUUGACCUUAAGAGGAUCUUCCUGUUUGACCGAACAGCAUGCGUGUGCAAGCAGGUUGUUUCCGACUGAAGUUGUUUAUCUGCAGUCUACGACAGCUAGUUGGGGCUUAAAGUCCACCUAAUAUAUCUUGACCGCCUUGCUAUUUCUACCAGAUUGCUAUGGAAAACAUUUUCUGUUCAUCAGAAAUCGCUGCUGAUGCUUUCUCCAAUUAUUUUGCUGUGUUACGAUUGGCGGAGGUCCGAGGCUGCGGCCUCUUAAUCUCUUUUUGAGUGCUGCAAGACUCCAUUUGGUCAUUUUGGCUUUGUGGGCCCGGCAGCCCAGGAUCCUCCGAGGAUCCUGCAAAUCGCUGUGUUAUCCCCCUUUUUUAGAUUUCCAGAAUGAACUGGGACACUCCAAGCAUUUGUUUCUCCAUAAAAUUGAUAAUAUCAUUCGCAUUAUCAUUUCUUUUUUGCUAGCUUCUAGGUUUUGUAAAAUGUCGUUCAACGUCAGUGUCAUCGCCCUGAUUUCUCUACUAAGCCAUGCAUAGGUAAGUUAGCAUAAAGGAGCGAAUUUCAAAUUCGGAGCUGCGCGUUUUGACUGACUGACUAUACAUAUGACUUUGAGACACACGAUUUUUUCCCCUUAUUCUUGGAAGCCUUUUAUUUAGACCAUUAUAAAAAACUCAGCAAGGAUUAAAUACCUGCGUAGGGUAAAGAAAUGCUAACUGUUGUUUAACAAAUCCACCAGCGUUUUAACAUUCCUGCUUUACUGACAGACCUAUGUAUGCAUUCAGUAUAGCAAUAUUUCAAGUAUUUUCUUUACUACCUGACGGCUCUCCGUGCAUAACCUGUUUUUAAAAAUGAGCUUUCCUCUUACUAAUGCAUUACGUGUGCGGAUGCAGAACAAUGAGCCACUGUAGACACUUCAGCAGCGUCGAAUCCGCGGGCGGUAUAGGUCAGCGAAUGUCAUCCUGCCGACGGAGGGCCACCAAAAACUGUGGUGAACUACGUCGACUUUUAAGGUAUUGUGGACAGUUCUCCAUAACUUUUCUUUGUCCCACGCAUAUACUUAACCCUUACCGAAAAUUAUCGAGAUCCUUCGCUCGUCCUUAUAAGCCCCUACUCAGCGCAACCCAGUGUCAGCGAUCUGUGGGUUUCUAGAAACUGGCAUCACUUCAGUUUGAAAUAAGACAGUGCAACGGCCACUUUGAUAAUAGGGGAGGUUGAACGGCCAGUGAACUUACUUUUGUCAAUUUAUUUGAAGAAGCAUCUGGAAGGGAUGGACAGACCUGGUCCUAUGCGCAUCUUGAGUGAACAGUGUUGGACUUAGAUUGGGAAUGCCAGAAGAAUCUUGGGUUCUUCGCAGUGUAAAAUGAAACUGUCUCACCUUAAGUUAAGCGUGGGGGGGGUUGACUUCUGCACAUGAACCCUUUUAGAUGUCUUAAAGCAAGGCUCUUGUCUACUCCUAACCGCGCAGAUGUCAAGUUUUGUUUUUGUUAGUGUACCCUUUUGUCUAGACUGAAUAACCGGAGAGUUGGCGAGCAGAAUUUGAGAAACAACUGUGGCGACGUAAAGUAUGAGACCAGUCUGUAUAGAUUUUAACCUAUGGCUCCGGGGAGGAGCACGGGCCCAUACGGGUAUUCAGGUUGAAUUAACCCCAGGUAAGAUCACAGUUCGCAGCCAGACAUUAUGAGUUGAUACCAUCGACAAUAACCUUGGACUACCUGGGUUCUGACCGUCUACAUGCCUCCUAAUUCACAUAUUUUGAAUUACGCGGGCUGUUCCGGUACCUCACUGGAGUAACGACGCAAACACACGACAAGAACGCGAGUUUCCCAAAUGCCUUCCACAGAUUCGGCUUACUGCAGCGCCGUCUGUUCUACUGAUCAAACUAAAAUUAACAUCCUUCCCGUAGUUCGGGAGUCCUUGUGCCCGGUCGGAUCUUAUUUCAUAGCCACACCUGCAGUUGACAAGCCCCAGCUGCCUGUCAUACGGGAUCGUUGGUAAUCGAGGGUUUGACAUUAACCCCCCAGCCCCUAACAGGUGCGGCUACGAAAUAGGAUCUUACCCUUUAGCCUCACGAGAGGAUGAUGGCGUGCAUCAAGGAAAAUCGGACAAUCUCAGAAGCGUUCGUUGUGACCAAUACAGUGAAUCAGGGCUGCGUGCGCGCCCCCACUCUCUGCAGUCUCAUUUGCUCUGCUAUGCUGAUGGGCGCCUAUCAUGCGGAACGUCCUGGGAUCAGCAUCACCUAAAGAACCGACUACCGGCCUCUCAAUAAAUGUCGCCACCCCGCAACUAGUGUUUGUGACCUGCCCUUCGAGGACGACAGGAGGCUCAACACCGCGACAGAAGCGGAUAUGCGACGGAGCAUGAGCUUCUUCGCAGCCGGCUGUACCCACUCCGGGCUUAUCAUCAACACGAACGAAACGGAGUUUUUGUCCCAGCCGGUCACCAAAAAUGACCCUCUAAUCAACGCUACCCUACUCAAGACAGUAAACACACUGCCUAUUUAGGCAGGAUCGAAUCCCCGACACUGAUGUGCUGGAACGGACGGGAACCCUCAGCAUCUACGCCAUACUGAAGCAAAUUCAGCUGCGCUGGAGCGGCCACCUGGUGCGCAUGGACGACGAGAGACUACCCAAAUGACUCUUCUACGGAGACGUCGCGACGGGUUCUCGCCUUCAAGGAGGCCAGAUUCGCCGUUACAAGGAUACCCUGAAGUCCUCCCUGAAACGCCUGCAAAUCCACCCCACCCACCGGGAGGAGUUCGCAAUCGAUCGACCGACCUGGAGGAGGACAGUGAAGACAGGCGCUGCGAUCUACGAAGCCAACCGCAUCGCUGCCGCCAAAGCGAAACGUGAAGCCCGCAAAUCACAACUUCGCCCAGUGCGCAACGCCGCCGCACAACCGCUUCCAACGUGUCCUCGAUGUCAACGGACAUUCCGGGCUCGAAUCGGACUCGUUGGACAUCUUCGGAUUAACUGCGCCUCUCGAAUGGCACCAAACAUCGUCCGCCCUCCCACCUCUUCCUCCUCCUCUCCGCCGCCAACUAACUCUGACAAUUCUUCUGACCCACCACUUCCAUCAUCAUCCUCCUCCUCCUCCUUCUCCUCCUCCUCGCCCACUGCUCCAACGGCGGCCGCUCAGGCGACUUUUCCGCGCACAACAACCGACACUACCACCACCUCCCCCGACUCCAGCGAUGAGGAUCAGGACUACAACUGCCCUCACUGCGACCGCACCUUCACCUCACACAUCGGGCUGAUCGGUCACUUGCGAAUCCAUCGCACAGAGACUGGCGAACCAGUGCGUGAAGCACCAACCUACACCCAGCGCACUCGCCUCCACUGCCCACACUGUCCUCGCACCUUCAGGCAUCGCAUGGGCCUUUUCGGCCACAUGCGCAUCCACGAGAGCGGCCUUGACCGCACUCCCGACACACCCACCACAUCCAACACAUCCACCGUGCACACCCCCACCCUCGCUCCAUCCGUCCGCGCCACCACCACCACCAUCGCCUCCUCUGUAGCUGACACUGACACCGCCGACUUCUUAUGCCCACACUGUCCACGCACAGUCACCUCACGCAUCGGUCCGGUCGGUCACUUGCGAAUCCAUCGCACAGAGACUGGCGAACUAGUGCCUGGAGCACCCACCUAUACCCACCAAGCUCGUCUCAACUGCCCACACUGCCCUCGCACCUUCAGGCAUCGCAUGCGUCUCUUCGGCCACAUGCGCAUCCACAACAACCUGCGGUAG